AUCACAACGCAUUGCAAAAUUGCUCAAAAACUUCUCCCUCGAAUUAAAAAGACAGAAAAGCUUCGAUGAAUGUCUUUUCACGCUCAAUUCAUUCAUGCGCCGCGCUUUUCUCCCCCCAUCCCGCCGAUAUUUCUUUCAGCGAAUUCGAUCGAAUUUCGUCCACAGAAUAUCCGUCUUCGCCAUCGCCGUGCGACUGCAAAGUACCAACGGAUCACCUGAACACGAACAUAAAAAGAAGAGGCACAUAAAAUUCUACGCACCGACGAAGGUUCGCUUCAACGAAAAUGCAGACUUUAGUGACUUCCUGGGUGGAUCUGCUGAGACAGCUAAAGAGGACGAAGCGAUUCCAGGCUAUCCAUCAAAAUCAGAGACUACGUACAACGCACUAUUAGAUCCAAUUAGUACAAAGGAUCAUUUGCAGAAAGAGUCCGCGGCCGUUGAGGUGCCUAAGCCCUUUCAAAAUUACGAAGGUCUUCAAACCGAAAUGGACAUGAUUGAAGCCAAAGUUGGCUCUCCUAUUGUGACCUGGGAGUCAAAAGAGUUGAUUCCGAACCGCGAACAGGAUAUUUCUGAAAGUCAACUUUCUUGCAAGCUUGGUUUACGCUGUGAUGUCAAGGCUGAGAAAUCAGACAAAAAAGAGAAUAUCGAAACUGCUACCCAAGUUUCGUUAUCUGUCUCAGACUAUGUACCUGAUUCAUCACCAUCUAAACAGCCGCACCAGCCUCUUGAGAAGGAGAUUGAACACAUACAGCAUUAUGAACCACGAUCAAAAGUAUUGGAAGACGCAGAGCAAGCCCGCAUACGUUGCGACCAUACUUCGAGAAUCCGUCUGCUCUUUAGAGAAAACCGCGCUCAACUUUCAGAAUUGAGCAUGAUACCCCUUAAAGAAAUCUCUUCUGAGGAUGAAUUCGUUCCUUUGUCUCGAAUGCACAACGACUCUCAGUUUCAGCAAAUGUACCCAGACUGGCACUACAAUUAUGCGACUCUCUUUGCAAAGAAUAUUCACCCAAGCUCGUCAAUUGAGCCCGUUUUUGUCUUACAAAGCCGGAAAACAUUUUCUAGGGCAAUUCGAGCCAUUCGUUCCAGCGAGGCAGAAAUGAAGAACAAGAGCUGGGAUUUUGCCGGAAAACGAUUCGUGCAAUCACACCCGUACAAAAGCAAGGAAGAGUGGGCGGAUUUUAUGCUCCUCACCAUGAGGUAUACUCCACACUUAACGGCGGGGGCUUUGAAAGCCUCCUACCCCCACCUUAAGCCUCCAUUCUACAUGGUCGCCGACAUCAUCCAUUUCAUAACGAGGUUUGGCAUGGAAUGUGAGCUUGAUACGAAUGGUGUUCGAAGUAAUAAGAGAGAUCCGUCGAAGAUCACUGCACACGAGGUUGUAGAAUUGAUCUUGGAGAUCAUUCCACAGUGCACGCAUGAAAGCAGUUUCAUUCUCAACGCAACAAUUGUUCAGUUGCUAGGACAAAUUGACUUGCAAUUUGCGUAUGCACUCUUUAAUGGUCUAUGUGCAUUUCAAAGCCAUAUCUCGUGCUCAUCAUGGAUUGCAUUUGCUCGGCACUUUGGGAAGAAUGGCGACUACGAGACCGCAAUCUCAGCUUUGGAUAGCUGCCUGAAACACGGGGGUUCGGCAACGGACAUGAGGGUUAAAAGAGCAGCUAGCUACAUUCUUCGUCGAAGCAUCGUUAAUCCCGACGGUCACCACCACAGCGGAUACAUUAUAAACCGAUUCAUUGAGAUGGGUCUUCGAAUUGGCUUGAUCAUGCAAACCGCGCUGAUUGCGAACGCAUUUGAUUCUCGGGACAGAUCUACGGCGCUGGAUGUAUUCGCGCUUAUGAGGGACCAGGGCAUUGAGCCAGACGCAGUGACCUACGGUACCUUGCUUAAAGGCCUGAGUGAUUGCAAAGACCAUGAUCUUGUUGAUGAAGUUCUUAGCUUGAGUUGGGCUAAGGCUGAAGAGACGAGGGAUGAGCGGCUCGCGUCAUAUGUACUGUACUGGCAUUUUUUGCAGUAUAUGCGGCGUGCCUCGGACGUUUGGAAUAAAGAAGAAAAGACCAGGAUUCAUUGCGAGGCACUGAGGCAGCUCGUGAUGUUGUUCACCAGGAUCUUCGAUUGGAAGCCGUUGGAUGUUUUAGGCUUCCCAUAUCUGGAGUUCGCCGAAUAUCAGUCUCCUCACGCUUCGCUGAAAAUCAAGCCUACAGAUACGGCCAUGAACAUAAUGUUUUUGGCCCAUAGCCGGGCAUAUUUACCUUCUUUACAAUUUGAAGGUGCCAGCCUUGCAUCACACGUAUGCUCGGUUGCUCAGUUGUUUGAGCGCUGGUGGCUCAUUGCUACGAGGGGGGAUCUAUAUCCCGAAGUUGAUGAUUGGAUUAAAGACCUCUUCAUCAAUAUGAUCAAGAAUGGAUUCGCUUUGAACAAUUUCAUGCACGCUCUUGGUGCGGAUGCGAAAAGUCUCUAUUAUGCCAUCACGAUAUUACAACACAUGGAGAAAGGCUUCGUAGGGAUAUCGAAAGCCUCCACAACGGAGUAUCUUUCUGAAUCUAUCAAAGGUCCAUCUCUCUACACGUGGUCAAUUCUUCUAAACAUAUUUGCUCGACAUGCUCAGAUUGAUGCAAUGGAGAAGUGCUUGAAGAUUAUGCAAUCAAGAGGCUGCCGCCCUGAUAGAGCUGUAUGGAACACAGUUAUCAAGGCGUAUGCGGUUGCUCAACGGCCUAAUGACGUAAUCAAGGCUCUCCGUCGCAAAGAGGAAGCCGGGUAUGGCCAUGAUGACGAUGUAAUUCGGACGCUGGCGCGAUUCCGAGAUAAAGAGCUACUGAAAGCGCUUUUGCGGACUGAGUUGCGGUCUCGCGAGGCUUCGACCUACGAUGCGGGUGUGCUCAGUCGUGUGGCUGGCCUCCAGAGAGUUGACAAAAAAUGGACCCCUCACGUCAACGAAGUUUCCACCUAUGAGCCUGGCAUCGGCCCCAGGCAAGUGCAAUUUUUCGAUGCAAAUCGCACUCUAGGCUUACAAAAGGGGUGUGUGGUCCCCACGGAAGACGGAGAGGACGAAGAAGCUGCUGAUAUAUCUAAUUGUGAAAAUGAAUCACAGAGUUUACGAGUCUUGGAUGGAAAGGGAGUCUACUCCCUUAAAUCUGAAGUCGAAGAGGAUUGGUUUGAGAAUUAUGACGAAGAAGAAAAUCCGCAUCGGGAUAUUAGCGAUGGAAGUUCCUGAACUUCAUGCAGCGAUGAUGCAGCGGAAUACCUGUUAUAUUACUUUUCCAGCAUUUUGGAGGUAAGAACGUUUGUACAAUUAGCAUAGAUCGGACGAUACCCAGAAUAUAAUCCUCUCCAUGCCUUGAUAAGGUACUCG